UUGAAGCAGAAGGAAAAAGGAGAAGUCUCUUUCACUGCUAGUUCAUCACACGUCCAUGAGAAGUUCUGCAAAACUAAAACUCUUUAAAAGGCUAUGAAAACUACUUUGUUCUGUUUUUUUUUUUUUUAAUAUACCCAUGAACAAUUUCCAACAGCAGAGUCCCAUUUUUGUGAUCCAUCACAGCCUCUGUAUGUCCGGAUAAAACUGUCUGAAUGGACUGCGUGUGUUUGAACUUUUUUUCAGAGCGUUUUACCUCGGUAAUAUUAGGUUAGUUACAAGCUAUUGAAGUUAGCUUAGCGUGCUAUAGCUGGUUAGCAGCACAGAGCUAGCGUGACUGCAAACAGUGUUUUUCCCAGAGUUUGUGUGAAGAUGUCUAAAGUCCAAAUGCUGAAUGCGUUGGUGAAGCAGCGACUAACCGCGGCUGCUGAAGAGAUAUUUGGGCUGUUUGAAAGAACGAUAGCAGAGUACGAGGAGGAACUGUGUCGGUCGAAAGAAGAGAACGAGCGACGACGGAACCUUCUAGACGCUGUUUUCAACCCUCAUCUUCGGUUACACAGGACAGAUGUCCAGCAGCUGUCGGUGAGUAAAGAACAGGUUCCCCCUGAGCAGUGGGACUGGAGCCCCAGUCUGGACCAGCAGCACCCCGAGCCCCCACACAUUAAAGAGGAGCAGCAGGAGCUCUGGGUCAGCCAGGAGAGAGAGCAGCUUCAAGGGCUGGAGGAGGCUGAUAGCUCCAAGUUCCCAUUCACUCCUGUCCAUGUGAAGAGUGAAGAUGAUGAAGAGAAACCUCAGCCCUCACUGCUUCAUCAAAGACAAACUGAACAGAUGGAAGGAGAAGCUGAUGGAGAGGACUGUGAAGGACCAGAACCAGCCAAGAACUUGGAUCCAGAUAGACAUCCAGAACCAAAAACUGAUGACCAGACUGGAGACUCUUCUGAACCUGAGACUGAUGACAGUGAGGAUCAGGAGGACACCGCAAAAGCUCAGUCAAAUUUAAAGUCUUUGAAAAAGGAUGAUGUUCCUGUCAGUGAUACCCAAAGUAGUACUGGUAAGAAAGAAUUUAGCUGCUCUAAGUGUACAAAAAGAUUUGGCUUAAAGUCAUCUCUGAAAAGGCACAUGAGAACACACACAGUAAAGAAAUGUUGCAGCUGCUCAGUUUGUAACAAAGGUUUUCAAAUGAAAAGCCAUUUGCAGAGACACAUGAUUAUCCACACAGGAGAGAAAGCUUUCAGCUGCUCAGUUUGCGAGAAACGUUUUGGAUAUAAAGCUACUUUACAGCAACACAUGGCAACCCACACAGGAGAGAAAAGAUUGCGCUGCUCAGUUUGUGACCAAAGAUUCACUUGGCAUAGUCAGCUCAGAAAGCAUCGGGCUGUGUGUUGUAAGCCCUCACGGCUUCGUCGACGACAAACUGAACGGAUGGAAAGAGAAGCUAAUCGAGAGGACCGUGGAGGACCAGGACCAGCCAGGAAAUCAGAGCCACGUAGAUAUUCAGAACCCAAAACUGAUGACCAGACUGGAGACUCUUCUGAACCGGAGACUGAUGACAGUGAGGAUCAGGAGGAGACCAUAGAAGCUCAGUCAGGUUUAAUGUCUUUGGGAAAAGAUGAGGUUCCUGUCAGUGAAACCAGAUGUAGGACUGGUACGAAGGAAUUUAGCUGCUCCAAGUGUACCAAAAGAUUUGGCUUCAAGUCAUUUCUGAAGAGACACAUGAGAACCCACUUGGAAGAGAAACUUGUCCAUUGCCCAGUUUGUAAGCGAGGUUUUAGGCGGGAAAUCCAUUUGCAGGGACACAUGAUAACCCACACAGGAGAGAAACCUUUCAGGUGCUCAGUUUGUAAGCAAUGUUUUGCAUGGAGUUGUAAUUUAAAAAGGCACAUGAGAACCCACAGAGGAAGUAAAAGAGUCCACUGCCGUGUAUAAGACCAAACAUUCACUUGGCUUCAUCAGUUCAGAAACCAUCAGCGUGUGUGUUGUAAGU